AGGCCCAUCUCAAAGAAAGGAAUAACAGUUGAGAACCGAAUGGUUGGUGUUGGUGUGACAGUGUGUUAAGUUAUUACUUAUUAGUCUGCUCUUUUUUUCAUUCUACAUUUUGAUCCUUCUCUUCUCUUCUUCGACUAUCUUUUCCUCACAUUGCUUGGAUAACAUGGGGAACAAAUUGCAUGGAAUAGUGUUGUGUUUGUUGGUGUCGACUCUUUUGCUUUCUGCGGUAUCAUUUGCAUCCAGUGAUGGCCUCAGAAGGAUUGGAUUGAAAAAGAUUAAAUUUGACCCUAACAAUAAGCUUGCUCAGAAUGUUAAAAAGUAUAAUGGCCAAAACAAUUUGCUUCGUUCCGAAGAAACUGAUAUUGUUGCAUUGAAGAAUUACCUAGAUGCUCAGUACUAUGGUGAAAUAUCUAUUGGAACAUCUCCUCAGAAGUUCACUGUGGUUUUUGAUACUGGCAGCUCUAAUUUGUGGGUUCCGUCCUCCAAAUGUACCUUCUCGGUUGCAUGCUACUUCCAUGCCAAGUACAGGUCAACCAAAUCAACUACAUAUAAGAAAAAUGGGACUGCUGCUGCAAUUCAUUAUGGUACUGGGGCAAUUUCUGGCUUCUUUAGCUAUGACAAUGUCAAAGUUGGUGACAUAGUUGUCAAAAAUCAGGAAUUUAUUGAAGCAACUAAGGAGCCUAGUGUUACCUUUUUGGUGGCCAAAUUUGAUGGUAUAUUGGGACUUGGAUUUCAAGAGAUAUCAGUUGGAAAUGCCGUUCCAGUAUGGUACAAUAUGGUUGAGCAAGGUCUUAUUCAGGAACCAGUAUUUUCAUUUUGGUUCAACCGUAAACCGGAGGAAGAGGAAGGGGGUGAGAUUGUUUUUGGUGGUGUUGAUCCUGCUCACUACAAGGGAAAUCACACUUAUGUUCCUGUGACAAGAAAAGGAUAUUGGCAGUUUGAUAUGGAAGAUGUAAUUAUUGGUGGUAAUUCCACUGGAUAUUGUGCUGAUGGCUGUUCGGCCAUUGCUGACUCAGGGACUUCUUUGUUAGCAGGUCCAACGACUGUAAUUACCAUGAUAAACGAUGCAAUUGGAGCAUCUGGAGUUGCAAGCAAAGAGUGCAAGACCAUUGUUGCGGAGUAUGGUCAAACAAUAUUGGACCUGCUUUUAUCUGAAGCACAGCCGAGGAAGAUCUGUUCCCAAAUUGGAUUGUGUGCUUUUGAUGGCACUCGUGGUGUUACUUUGGGUAUCGAGAGUGUGGUUGAUGAGAAUGAAAGAAAAUCAUCUGGUGGUUUUCGCACUGCUACUUGUUCUGCCUGUGAGAUGGCAGUUGUUUGGAUGCAGAACCAGCUGAAGCAAAAUAAGACCCAAGAUCAGAUACUAACCUAUAUCAAUAAUCUUUGUGAUAAAAUACCUAGUCCAAUGGGAGAAUCAGCUGUCGAUUGUGAGAAUAUCUCUUCCUUGCCUGUAGUUUCCUUCACAAUUGGUGGAAGAAAUUUUGACCUUGCCCCAAAGGAGUACAUACUUAAGGUGGGCGAAGGUCCUGCAGCUCAGUGCAUCAGCGGCUUUAUUGCUCUAGAUGUUCCUCCUCCACAAGGCCCUCUCUGGAUUCUUGGAGAUAUCUUCAUGGGGAGUUACCACACAGUCUUUGAUUUCGGUAAAUCACGAGUCGGAUUUGCUGAGGCAGCUUAAAGAACGAAGGCUAUCGUCUCUAGGAUCACUCUUAUUUGCUAUUUAUUUGCGCCCGCUGGCAAUCAUUAAACUAUGGAUGGACUAAAUAGCUUCAAAGAUUUAUUUGUGUCUGUGGCCAUAUUGAAUACCAAGAUUAUGUAUGUAUGCAGUUCAUGGAUACAGUUCUAGUAGCAAGAUGGAUGUAAGAUAUUAAUAUGGUUAUGCCAAGUACAAAAACAAUUCAAUA